UCACAUCUCCCUUGGGAUCCAUGGGAGGGUUUGAGGGUCAUCUGUUUCCUGGCCUGUCCUUAUUCCUCUAUGGACUUUAUCAUGCAGUGCUUCUCUCCAGGGCUCUGAUAUGCAACUCUCCUGUCCAAUAUCCACCAAGCCGUCCUUGGAGCAAAGGAAGAUGGGCAAGGUUACGGCAAAUGUACUACAUCGGCUUUCUGAAGAUACUGAGUUCCUGCGUCUUAGUAGCCCAAGAGUUGAACAGCAUUCACUGGCAGUUGGUACUCAUCACCAAGAAGUAUCACCUGAGAAACUUCAUGUACCGCAAACAGUGGCAGCAUCUCACUCUCUACGUGUCCUUCUUUCUGAGUGGGUGUGCAGAUGUGGUCAGCCAGAACCUGCUGCCCAAGCGGUGUGCCGUUCUGGAGCAAGGUGCCCAAGUGUUGAGCAUGUAUCUGUUUUUGCCCCUGAUGGUGUCUCAUAUGCAGGAUACAGAAGGAGUGGAACUGCAGACUCACAUGCUGCUCAUCCAGGCCAUGUUCCUGCUGACCCUCGUGGGGACUGUAGAGCUGUGGGCUCCCAAUGUGCUGCUGAUCUGGGUGCUGAAGGCCUUCCUGUACAUUGUCACCGGCUCCUGGCUGAUACAGAUAGGCUUCAUGCUGUACAAACCAAUCUCUGGCUACAAAUGGAUGGACGAUGACGAGAACGAUGUAGCAUUUGCCACCACUUUCUUCUGCUGGCACGUGGCCUCUGGUGCCUUCCUGGUGAUCUUGGCCUACGGUUUCUCCUUUUUGUGGCAUCGUUACCUCGGUGCUGAUGCCUGAACCUGGACAUGCCCAAGUGGUUUCUGAUUGCCUGCACACUCCAAAGACAUCUGGGUGCCAAGCCCUAAGAGGGGAGCUGUCAGGAGGAUCAGACGUCUUUCAGAGGUGCCCCAUCUUGAGAGAGCAGACUGUGGGGGGGAUGGGCUUAUCUUCUCUCCCCUCUGGCUUCUUUUCAUCUAAUUUACUGAAUGGUG